AUGCUGAAGAAAACAAUUCUAACAUUGAAACAGUGUAAUGUUCAUAUCAAAUGGAAUCACAUAUUUGCCAAUUCUGUCAGAAACAUUAGCAGUACUACACAAAAUGAUUCAACAACCUCGUACUCUGUUCCAAGGGAGAAAGUGGAUUGUGUAGUCAUAGGAGCUGGUGUGGUUGGAAUAGCAGUUGCAAGAGCUCUAGCACUCAAGGGUAGAGAGGUAAUUGUCAUUGAAUCAGGACCUAGUUUUGGUACUGGCACUAGUUCUCGAAAUAGUGAAGUUGUUCAUGCUGGAAUUUACUACCCUCGUGAUUCUUUUAAGGCGAUUUUUUGUGUAAAAGGACGACAAAUGUUAUACGAGUACUGCUCAAAGCACGAUAUCCCACAUGAACAAACUGGUAAGCUUAUAGUGGCUACUCGAUCCUCCGAGAUUCCAAAGUUAAAUGAUAUAUUAAAUCAUGGUAUUCAGAACGGUGUUGACGGUUUGAAGGUGAUGGAUGGUGUUGAAGCCAUGAAAAUGGAACCAGAAUUGCAAUGCGUGAAAGCAAUACUAUCACCUCUCUCAGGGAUUGUCGAUUCUCAUUCCUUAAUGCUUUCUUUAGUGGGGGAAGCUGAAAAUCACAGAACAACCUUCACAUACAAUUCAACCGUCAUCGGCGGACAUAUAGAAGGAAAUGAGCUUUCUCUCCAUAUAUCAGAAACAAAGAGUCUUAAGGAAUGGAAUGAGAGAUCAAUUCUGCAACCAGAAUUAUUACUUAUACCUAAACUUGUAGUAAACUCUGCAGGCCUUAGUGCCCCUGCCCUUGCAAAAAGAUUUACGGGCCUACAACACCGAGUCAUUCCUCCUGCCUAUUAUGCGCGUGGUUGCUACUUCACGUUGUCGAAUACGAAAGCUCCUUUCAAACGUUUGAUAUAUCCUAUACCAGAGGAUGGUGGACUUGGAGUGCAUGUUACUUUAGACUUGAAUGGUCAGGUCAAGUUUGGUCCGGAUGUUGAAUGGAUCGACGGUGUUGAUGAUAUCUCAAGCUUUCAAAAUAAGUUCGACUACUCAGUACAUGCAAACCGUGCCGAGAAGUUUUAUCCAGAGAUAAGAAAAUACUAUCCGAAUCUAAAAGAUGGAUCUUUGGAACCAGGAUAUUCGGGAAUCCGACCUAAACUUUCGGGACCCUGUCAGUCACCUGUUGAUUUUGUUAUACAGGGAGAGGACAUUCAUGGGAUACCUGGACUUGUUAAUCUUUUGGGAAUUGAGUCACCUGGUUUAACAUCAAGCUUGGCAAUUGCAGAUUUCAUUUCUACUAAAUUUUUAUGA